AGUGAGAAGGAGACCAUGCAGUUUCUGAAUGACCGCCUGGCCAACUAUCUGGAGCAGGUGCGCCAUUUGGAGCAGGAAAACGCCGAGCUGGAGGCCAAGAUCCGCCAGUGGGGUGAGGCCCAGAUCCCUUAUGUGUGCCCGGACUACCAGUCCUACUUCCGGACCAUUGAGGAGCUGCAGCAGAAGAUCCUGCUGACCAAGGCGGACAAUGCCCGGCUGGUUCUGCAGAUCGACAAUGCCAAGCUGGCUGCCGACGACUUCCGCACCAAGUACGAGACGGAGCUGAACCUCCGCCAGCUGGUGGAGGCCGACAUCAAUGGUCUGCGCCGCCUUCUGGAUGAGCUGACCCUUUGUAAGGCCGACCUGGAGGCCCAGGUGGAAUCGCUGAAGGAGGAGCUGCUCUGUCUGCGGAAGAACCACGAGGAGGAGGUGAAUGCUCUGCGCUGCCAGCUCGGAGACCGGCUCAACAUAGAGGUGGACGCGGCCCCGCCCGUGGACCUGAACCGGGUUCUGGAAGACAUGCGGGCCCAGUACGAGUCACUGGUGGAGAACAAUCGGAGAGAUGUGGAGAGCUGGUUUACCACUCAGACAGAGGAGUUGAACCAGCAGGUGGUGACCAGCUCAGAGCAGCUGCAGUGCUGCCAGGCAGAGAUCAUCGAGCUGAGACGCACCGUCAACGCGCUGGAGAUUGAGCUGCAGGCACAGCACAACAUGAGAAACUCCUUGGAAUCCACGCUGGCCGAGACCGAGGGCCGCUAUGGCUCCCAGCUGGCCCAGAUGCAGGGCCUCAUCAGCAACGUGGAGGCCCAACUGGCCGAGAUUCGCUGUGACCUAGAGCGGCAGAACCAGGAGUACCAGGUGCUGCUGGACGUCAAGGCCAGGCUGGAGGGGGAGAUUGCCACCUACCGCCGCCUGCUGGAAGGGGAGGACUGCAAGCUCCCUCCCCACCCGUGCACGCCGGUCCCUACCCUCCGUACACCCUGCACACCUGCCUCCCAAGUGAACACUCAGAUCCGCACCAUCACAGAGGAGAUCAGAGACGGGAAAGUCAUCUCCUCCCGCGAGCUCGUCCAGCACCGCCCCAUGUGAACGCACUGAGGAUGUCCACUGGGUCUGGCCCCCCUGG